AUGACAGACGCCCUGCGAGAGGCGCAGCAUUUCACCCUCUCGGGGGCCGUUGUUUCGCUGGUAUGUGCCGCCUGUGGCCAAAGCAUCAAGUCUCCCCGAGUGGUUGGCGGGGGCCUGGCCAGGAUUGAGGCCUGGCCGUGGCAGGUCAGCUUACAGCACAGAACCCAGCACCUCUGUGGGGGCAGCAUCAUUGGGCCCAGCUGGAUCCUCACAGCAGCACAUUGCUUCAGGAACAACCUGGCCCUUCAGCACUGGCGAGUGAAAGCCGGGUCCGAGACCCUCUCCAGCUUCCACGCCCUCCCUGUGGAAAAGAUCUUCCUCAUGGACAGCAAGUCUGUGUUUCCCAGAGACAGCGACAUCGCCCUGGUGAAGCUGGCGGCCCCUUUCGCUAUUUCAGACACGGUGAAGCCCAUCUGUCUGCCCUCCUUCGAUGCGGAGCUGCCUCCCCAGGCCCCGCUGUGGGUGGCAGGCUGGGGCUACGCGGAGCAGGAUGGCGCGUUGUCUGAGGCCCUGCGGCAAGCCCAGGUCCAGCUGGUCGCCAGCAGCAGCUGCAUCUCCCACGAGAUGAUCUGCGCGGGCCUCGUGCAAGGGGGGGUGGACACCUGCCAGGGAGACAGCGGCGGCCCCUUGAUGUACAACCCGGGGCGCUGGCAGGUCGUGGGGAUCGUCAGCUGGGGCCACGGCUGCGGCAGGCCGAGCACGCCCGGCGUCUACACCAAAGUGCAGGCCUAUCUCAACUGGAUCUACAGCGUCCAGAGGGUCAGUGUCUAG